GCCUGGGUCAUGAAGCAGGGAAGACCCCUAUCUGGUGGCUGUGUACCUCCAUGCACUCUCCGUGGCCCCACAGCACUUGGCAGGGUGUCUUGGGGCUUUCCACAGACCACGUGGGAAUGAAAGAGGCUCUCUCGUGCACAGGGAGCGCUCGAUGAGGGCAGAGGGAGGGAGAGCAGAUCAGAGGGCUCUCGCGCAAGGAACAUGCACGGGGCAGUUUCCUGUCCCCCAGGCUCCUUUCACCUGAUGCCAUCUGUGCCCUGGCAGGAGGAGAUGGUGUUUUAUUACUACAGCAACCGUAGCAUCCCUGUAGGCCCUUUCCGGGACCGGGUACAGUGGCAGGGGGACAUCUCCCGCUGGGAUGGCUCCAUCCAGCUGCAGGACGUGCAGGUGAACGACAGCGGCACAUACGUGUGCGAGAUCCGGCUGCAGCAGUGGAGCAGCAUCUUCAAGAACCACACGGUGCUGCACGUCAGCCCCGUGGCACAGAGAAAAGGAACAGUGGGUGCCCAGGAGUCUGCGGUCCCGGGGAACACUGGAUUUUGGAGCGUGAUAGUGGGCUGCUGCUGCGUGGCCAUUGUGCUGGCUUUCCUGGCAGGACUCAGCCUGAGGAAGAGGUCUGCAGCCAACUCUGCCCUAGAGAGGACUAGAGGCGGCGGGGGCCGCGGGGGCACAAGGGGUUACUGGCGUGGGGUAGCAUGGGACACAGGCCUGGGGGAGGCUCAGGGAGGGAAUCCCAGGCUGGCCGAGCGGCGCGUGACUGUUAGCCGGGGGCUCUCCGUGCUGGUCCGGUGA